AAAAUUAUAAUGUGUUAUCUCCAUUUUAUCCAAUCAAAAGUUAUUUACGUCAAAAUGGCAGCUGCGGAAGUUUUUAUUACAGAAAAACAACAACAAAACUUUGAAGAAACUGAUCUGACUGUUCUUGGCUAUCAUAAUGAUACACCUGAAAUAACAACAGCUCGUCGUCUGCCCCCACAUGGGGGAAAAACUAGGAAACGAAAGUCAGCACCUAAAACUUGGUCACAGAAUAUGAGAAAGCAGCUAAGACAACCUGGUCAGCCGUAUAAAAAUAGAAAGGGAGAAAAUGUUCCAUGCAUGUCUGUAACCAAAAAGAAAGACUGUCUAAAUUCUUGUAAAUUCAGAUGCGCACAAAAUAUUAGUGAUGAAGAAAGAACACGUAUAUUUGCUGAUUUUUGGUCUAUGGACGACAUGCAAAAGAGACAUUUCUACAGUCGAACCACUGAACGACUUCAGAAGAAACGUCAUCGAACCAUCAAUGAAAAUUCGCGAAAAGCGUAUUCAUUUUAUUAUAGCUUUUUUGUUGGUGAUUGGCAAACUCGAGUUUGUAAAGAAUUUUACCUCACAACUUUAAAUAUAAGUAGUAGAAGAGUUUAUUAUUAUCAUGAAAAAAAAAAUGAUACUACUGGAAGCCCAGCCCUUUCAAAAUGAGGUAAACACACCAAAAAGGUUAUAGAUCAAUCAUCAAAACAAAGCAUUACAGAUCAUAUCAAUGCAUUUCCACGUGUUUCAUCACACUACUGUCGUCAAA